UGGACAGAGUAGAGGUGGGGUACAGAGCACAAGCCCUGAAAGAGAGCGAAAAAAGAAAGACAGAAAAAGAGAGAAAAGAAAGAAAAAAGGAAGGUGUUUACAAGGAAGUAUAGUUUUACACCCACCGAAAACGUGAAACAAACGAGAAGCGAAGAGAAGAGAAGGCCCGCAGGUACCCCGGGAUAUGCGCUGACAAACUGUGUGACUGGGGUGUCCUAUCGCCGGAACUUACUGUGAUUAUCUGUUGUUGUUUUGAUGUGUAUUCCUGCUAUGUUUCUCGGUGACUUUCUGAAGCGUCUAGUCAUUCCACCGGACUCGAGUGGUGAAGUUUGACUAAAGACUGAUUUCCAGUCAAGUUGAGAGAAGAAAACUUUCUGGGCCUCCUGUCCCAAUGAAGCUACACACUUCUUGCUUCCAGGUUUUGUGAAGGACUAAAACGUCUUGACGACGAAUCAGGAUAACAAGAGCCCAGAAUCGUACUUUUUUGGCGUAUUACUUUUUGUUUUUCACGCCGAGGACCGUCUGUCCAGAAGGCCUGUAACAGGACUGAGGGUGAAGCGAGGACAAGACAGGUCGGUGCUUCUGAAGUUUCAGGUUUCCGGUGUUAUUAAAGGAGAUCGUUGAGCAGGAGGAGCUGCCAGGUGGACAAGUUCACGCACACGGGUGCUUUACCCUACACCCCCCCACCACACCCUUCACAUACACACCACCAGCAGCACCCUCACUCGAGACAUAAGCUGUUUUAAGGACUACUCAGACUCGGGCGUCCGUCUGUGUUCGUGCACAUGUGCUAAACUGCUCACCCACCAAAACCCACCAUUGCCACCCUGAUCAGAGAAGGACUGCAGUCUCGGUGCCACACCACCAGCACCAGCAGCAGCAGCACCACCCUCCCUCCCCCUUCGUUUCCACGCGCCAUCGCAUGGACUGCCGCUGACGUUGACAUGGCCGCGGACCUCGCCAUGAGCGCCGGCGAGCUGCCCAACAGCCCCCUGGCCAUCGAGUACGUGAACGACUUCGACCUCAUGAAGUUCGAGGUGAAGAAGGAGCCGCCCGAAUCCGAGCGCUACUGCCACCGCCUGCCGCCAGGCUCGCUCUCCUCCACGCCCAUCAGCACGCCGUGCUCCUCCGUGCCUUCGUCGCCUAGCUUCUGCGCCCCCAGCCCGGGCGCCCAGCCAGGCCACAACCUCGCCAACGGCGUCGCCAACAACAGCAACGGCGCCAACGGCACCGCUAACGGCGUCAACGGCAGCGGCAACAACCAGGGCGCAUCUGGCAAGGCGGCGCAGCUGGAGGACCUCUACUGGAUCCCCAACUACCAGCACCACGUGAGCCCAGAGGCCCUGAACCUGACCCCGGAGGACGCCGUGGAGGCGCUCAUCGGUAACGCGCACCACCAUCACCACCACCACCACCACGCGCACCAGGCGUACGAGGGCGCGGGCUUCCGCGCGCAGCAGUACGUGGGCGAGGACCUCAGCACGGCCACGAGCCACCACCACGGCCACCACCACCACCAUCACCACCACGGGCACCACCACCACGCGCACGCGCGUCUUGAGGACCGCUUCUCGGACGAGCAGCUCGUCAGCAUGACGGUGCGCGAGCUGAACCGGCAGCUGCGCGGCUUCAGCAAGGAGGAGGUGAUCCGGCUCAAGCAGAAGCGGCGCACGCUGAAGAACCGCGGCUACGCGCAGUCGUGCCGCUUCAAGCGCGUGCAGCAGCGGCACAUGCUCGAGACGGAGAAGUGCACGCUGCAGAACCAGGUGGAGCAGCUCAAGCAGGACGUGGCGCGACUCACAAAGGAGCGAGACCUCUACAAGGAGAAGUACGAGAAGCUCGCGAGCCGGAGCUUCGGCGGCGGCGGUGGCGGCAACCGGGACCCGUCCAGCGGCAACCACGGCAAAGCUUCGUCUGCGGAGUUCUUCAUGUGA